AAGACAGAAUCCCUCAUCACACACUCCAUAGCAAGCUCUCUUCACUUCCUCCUCUCUUUUGCUUUUCUUCUUCUUCUUCUUCUUCUUCUUUAUUAUUGUUUCUUUUGUCUGAAUCUCUGCAAUUUUGGCUUCCAUGGCGACCGAAGACUCUAAUACUCAGUCUCCUCCAUCGCCUCCUCUUCAGCAGCAACAGCUACCCAUCUUUCCUCAAUACCCCGAGAUGAUUAUGGCGGCGGUCGAGGCGUUGAACGACCCGAACGGCUCAAGCAAGACAGCAAUUGCGAAGCACAUGGAAGCGGUGCACCCGGAUCUACCAGCUGCUCACUCCACGCUGCUCGCUCACCACCUCCAUAAGAUGAAGCAAAGUGGCCAGCUCGUCAUGGUCAAGAACAAUUACAUGAAACCCGACCCAAAUGCGCCGCCGAAGAGAGGCCGCGGUCGUCCUCCCAAGCCAAAGGAGCCGUUACCACCAGGAGCUGUGAUCUCACCUCCGAGGCCUCGUGGGCGCCCGCCCAAGCCGAGGGAUCCUCUGGCGCCACCGGCACUACCCAAGAAAAGCUCAGGCGGGACUGGGAAGCCGCGCGGGCGACCACCUAAGAAGAUGAAGACUGACCAGGUUCCGGCUCCGACGACCGGGUCAACCAGAGGAAGGGGUAGGCCGCCGAAGGUGAAGCCGGCUGUGGCGCCAGUUGGUUGUUGAUUGCAGCUCCGUUCAGCUCAGAAUAGAGAAAGAAGAGAGAGAAGGGGGAGUUAGGUUUUUAGGCGUUAGAUUACUAAUCGAAGGCUUAGCUUUCUUUAGUGCUUUUUCUUUUUUAAUUUAUAACUUUAAAAAAAAAAAAGAAAGAAAAGAUGUUCUAGCUUCAUAAAUGAAUAUCUUUAUCUUUCUAUUUUUUUUAUUUCUUUUUUUUUUUUCUUAAAUUUCGUGGGUGAAUGUUGUAAGGAGGGGUUUGCUAAUGUGCCGGGUUGGUGAUUGUAAUUUGCAUAUGUAAAAAAUUGCUCAA